UUGACUGUUACAGAAAGGUGUUUUUUUAAUUUGAAAGCCGUUACCGGAUAGUGUUUUAAUGCAUUUCUCUUCGGUUUGGGGCUCAUGUAGAGUUGCCGAGUCUGCAGCUUUGAUUGGAUUCAGACAGCAGGUGAGGGUUGGUCCAGCGAGAUGAGUUAUUUUUAUUACACUAACAUGAAGUAAGACGUGUCCGCACGAUGACCUGUCGGCUUUAAUACGAUCUGUCAUUAAAACUUUAAACAAGACUUUUCUGACAUUGCAUUACCUUGGCUUCACUCUGACCAGUUGAUUGUAAAUUGUUUCUGCAUUUAUCGUACAAGCACAUUUUAGCAACACAUUGCAGUGUGGCCUUGUCUGUGUGGUAGUUUUAUAGUAAGACUUGGACUUAGAUGAGAGGCAGCACCUGCGUGUCCUGCAGAACCUGUUUACAAAACGAGUUUUCAUGUGAAAGUCACUUUAGUCUCACUGAACAACAGCCGCUACGAUUCUGCUGCCUACAGAAUAAGUUUAUGUAAAAGGACUAAAUAAGGAAAUUACGAAUGAAUGAAUGAAGAACACAUCAUCCUGUGUUUAUGAACGUCAUUAAUUAGACAUGUGGUGGCUGCUGUGGGUGCUCGCUGCAUUGCUGGCUCUCUUUUGCAGCCUGGAUGUGUGGUACUUCCUCCGGGUCGCGGCCGUGAUCCUCCGGGCCUGGUUUCAGCCUCCAGUGUUUGACAUCACAGCUGAGCAGGUCAUGUCAGGCUGGGUCACACCCCACGACAUUGACCUGUGCCAUAUGAACAAUGCUCGUUACCUUCGCGAGUGCGACUUUGCCCGCUUCUCCCUCUACUUCCGUAACGGUGUCUUCAAGGCCCUGCGAGCUCUCAGAGCCACAGCUGUGGUGGGGGCCACCACCAUCCGAUACCGCCGGCCCCUGUGCAUAGGCGAGGGCUACGAGCUGCGCAGUCGCAUCGUGACUUGGGAUGACAAAGCCUUUUACCUGGAGCAGAGAUUUGUGUCCACAAAUGAUGGGUUGGUUUGUGCUGUCAUGUACUGCAAGCAGAGUAUCGUACGUAGCAGCCCAAGCAAGAUCAUGGAGCACCUGUGCAAGCGAAAGGUGGAGUGUCCUGAGUUUCCUGAUGACCUUAAGCACUGGGUCGACUUCAUCUCUGCAAGCAGCCAGGCCUUGAGGGCUGAGAGUGGGCUAGAAGAGAAGAAUAAAUGAGUCAUUGAAUGGACUGAUACUAAGGUUAAUCCACAAGCCCUUCUUCGCAGUUACUUGACUAAGGUGUACAGUCUGCGCUUUGUAAAACCAUCUGUACAAAGAUCCAAAAAUCUGCUUUACAUGCAAACUGUAAAAACUUUAGAGAUGUGAGAUCCACAUUCUUCCACAUGGCUGAAUAUUUUUUUACAUACAGCAAAGAGGAAGUAACACAUUUUGUAUGUUCUUCUACUGUGAAGGCAAAGAAACUAAUAAAUGUGUAAAACUGA